GUCUCUGUGAGGGACUACUAUUGCUACAAAUUCCAGAUGAGGCCAGGGAUAUUCAACCCAAUACUGUUCGGCAAACGUCUUUUCCAGCAGUUCGUUGUCGAUACUUACAUCAAGAUUGAGAGUUCACGGCUAGACUACAUAUGGAAUCAUCAGAAGGAGAUAAGGGCGGACCUCUAUCAAGGCUUGGUGGAUAGCUUUAAUGCUGGAGAGAGCAGAGCGAACGCGGUCGGCAAACGGACCGUGCUGGCUACAUCGUUUAUCGGAGGACCUCGAGAUAUGAGGCGUCGAUGCAUGGAUGCUAUGGCAUUGGUGCGGAAGUACGGGAAGCCGGACGUCUUCCUCACGAUGACCUGCAACCCUAACUGGGAAGAGAUACGCGUGGGCUCGACCAUGGCCAGAUACCCCAGGAUCGCCCGGAUCUCGUCGUGCGUGUUUUCAGGGCGAAGCUCGAGGAACUAAAGAAACAGUUGUUUGAGAAGUACAUGCUCGGCAAGGUCCAGGCCUAUGUCUAUGUUGUGGAGUUCCAGAAGAGGGGAUUGCCGCACGCCCACUUCCUACUGAUCAUGCAGGGCAAGUACAAGCUCGUGUGUCCGGAGCAGUAUGAUUGUAUCAUCUCUGCCGAGCUCCCGGAUAAGCACAAGUACCCAGAGCUAUAUAAGAUGGUCGUCAAGCACAUGAUGCAUGGCCCUUGUGGUGUGUUGAACUCCCAGUGCCCGUGUACAAAGGAUCGUGGGUCAUGCAAGAACCAUUAUCCGCGUCAUUUCAAUGUGACUACCAUGCAAGGCAAGGAUUCCUACCCGGUAUACAGGAGACGCGAUGACGGUCGCCAUGCAACGGUUCGAAAAUGCCAGCUAGACAACAGGUGGGUCGUCCCUUACAAUCCUUACCUCUUGCGGCUGUUCAACUGCCACAUCAAUGUUGAGGUCUGCUCGAGCAUAAAGGCUGUCAAGUACCUUUUCAAGUACAUAUACAAGGGCCACGACCGGGCGUCCGUAUUUGUGAAUGAGGCCGACAACAAUGACAUCGAUGAGAUCAAGCAGUACAGGGAGGCGAGGUGGGUUACCUCACCGGAAGCCUUGUGGAGGAUAUACGGUUUUGACCUGAGCAAGAACUCUCCACCUGUGAUGCAACUACAACUUCAUCUCCCGAACAUGCACAUGGUUUCGUACCGAGGGGGCCAGGACAUACAAGAGGUGCUCGACCGUGAUGAUGCCGAGAAGUCAAUGCUGACAGAGUACUUCAAGGCAAACAGAGUACACGAGCAAGCAAGAGGCAUCCUCUACCGUGACUUUCCCGAGUGGUUUACUUGGCAAACAGGGAAAAAUAGAAAGUUUUGGCAACCGAGGAAACGUGGCGGACAAGUCGGUAGAAUUGUGACGGCCCAUCCGGCCGAGGGGGAAUGCUACUACCUCCGGGUUCUACUGAACCACGUGACAAGCGCCACAUCCUAUGAGGACCUGAGGACAGUUGAUGGCGAGAUACUACCGUCCUUCCGUGAUACCGCGGAGAGAAGGGGACUGAUUGAGGCAGACAAUACGCUGGACGAGUGCCUCACGGAGGCCGAGUUGUUCCAGAUGCCAUCGUCGCUCCGAAGGCUCUUUGCAACAAUAUUGGUAUUUUGUGAGCCCAACGACGUGCGUGGCCUCUGGAACAGACACCUUGAGGCAAUGUCGGAUGACUACCGCCACACCGAUCAAUGCACACACACGGUCGAGCAAAAGGUUUUGAUAGAUAUUAGGAACAUGCUGCAGUCGAUGGGGAAGGAUAUAAGAUCGUUCCCUCUUCCUGAUAUCGAUGAGGCACUUGACAUGACAAACGGUGUGCUGAGGGAGAUAUUUGAGGAGUCUAUGAUCAGUGUGGAUCAUGAGCACAUAGCCUUAUCUGACUCCCUCAACGUCGAGCAGAGGGUCGCCUACGACGAGAUUCUAGCCGCGGUUGAUAGCGACGAAGGAGGCCUGUUCUUCGUUGAUGGCCCUGGAGGCACAGGGAAGACUUUUCUUUACAAGGCACUGCUUGCGACGGUCCGUGGCCAGGGGAAGAUCGCCGUGGCGACGGCUACGUCUGGUGUUGCCGCUUCUAUAAUGCCCGGAGGAAGAACCGCGCACUCACGAUUCAAGAUACCUCUGACCAUUGAUGAUGGGGGUUACUGUAGUUUCACAAAGCAAAGUGGGACGGCUAAGCUUCUGCAGGCGGCAUCACUGAUUAUGUGGGAUGAAGCCUCCAUGACUAAGAGGCAGGCGGUGGAGGCCCUGGACAACAGCAUGCGUGACAUAAUGGGUCGGCCAGAUGUCACGUUUGGCGGGAAGACGGUUGUGUUUGGUGGUGACUUUAGACAGGUCCUCCCUGUUGUUCGAAAGGGGUCAAGGUCUCAGAUAGUUGAUUCGACGCUACGCAGGUCCUACCUGUGGGAGCGCAUGCGACACCUAAGGCUCAUGCGUAACAUGAGGGCUCAGAGCGACCCAUGGUUUGCGGAAUACCUACUGCGCAUCGGUAAUGGCACUGAGGAGGGUGAUGGUGAUGGCAAUAUACGAAUUCCUGAUGAUAUAUGUGUGCCGUAUACAGGAAAGGACGCAGACCUUGAUAAACUUAUAGAUAGCGUGUUUUCGAUGCUCGACGCUAACCUAGCUGACCCGAACUACAUCACGUCGAGAGCCAUCCUGUCCACACGAAACGAGUGCGUGGAUACGAUUAACAUGAAGAUGAUUAGUCGUUUCCGGGGGGACGAGAUGGUGUACCAUAGCUUUGAUUGUGCUGAAGAUGACCCCCACAACUACUACCCCUCGGAAUUCCUUAACUCCCUGACCCCAAACGGGCUGCCUCCGCAUGUGCUGAAGCUCAAGGUUAACUGUCCUGUCAUACUGCUCAGAAAUAUUGACCCCGCCAAUGGACUUUGCAAUGGGACAAGGCUUGUGGUCCGGGGAUUCCAAAGAAAUGCUAUUGACGCAGAGAUCGUGCUCGGGCAGCAUGCUGGGAAGAGAAUUUUCCUGCAUCGUAUCCCCCUGUGUCCCUCUGAUGAUGAGAUGUUUCCUUUCCGGUUCAAGCGGAAGCAGUUUCCUAUCAGGCUCAGCUUCGCCAUGACAAUUAACAAGGCACAGGGACAGACCAUCCCGAACAUCGGUGUGUACCUUCCCCAGCCAGUGUUCUCUCAUGGCCAGCUAUACGUCGCGCUAUCUAGAGCCACUGCCAGAAGGAACAUCAAGAUCCUCGUCGCCCCGGAUGAAGGUAAGAAAAAGGAGAAGCGCUCAAAUCAGAGUGGGACGUGCACUAAGAAUAUCGUCUACAGAGAGAUCCUCACACCAUAGUCGAGAGAUUUUACGGGGAAGGAGGCAACUCAGGAAUUAUAAUAUGUUACGUCCUUUUACGGAAUUAUAAUGUGCUACGUCACUUUACAGUUUGUAUUCAUGUCAUGUUUGACAUAAUAAUUUAAUAUUUUUGUUUGUAAUCAUGUCAAG